AAUAUAAUUAAAAGUAGUAAUUCUAGAAUAUUUUGUUAAAAAAGAGAUAUGAUAAACCGAGAAACCUUGUGAACAAUAAAUUUUAAGUGUUGCUGUGGUCUAAAACCGGAAAUUCUAUGUUUUAUCGGCUUUACCUGUCAAAUAUCCAUUUAAUUUUGGCCCAUUAGUGUGUUUGUUUUACAAGUGUUUUUCUAGUUGUGGCCUAGUAUCAAAGGAAAUCAAAAGUUCACUCAAACUCAGGUUAAUGUAGUCUUGAGUCAAACAAAUUAAGAAUGUCAGGAAACGUGAAUAUAUGUGCCGUCACUGACGAUGUGAAACAAGCUCUUAAGGAUUUUCGCUUUAGAAAAGCUCAAGACACUGCCGCUUUAAUUUUGAAAGUUGAUCGUGAAAAACAACAAAUAAUAAUUGACGAGAAACUGGAAAAUAUUACAAUCGAAGAACUUCAAGAGAGCUUACAAAGUCACCAACCCCGAUAUGUGAUUCUAUCAUACCGUCAAGAACACAAGGAUGGACGGGUUUCUUACCCAUUGUGUUUCAUCUAUUUUACACCACGUGAUAGCCACGCUGAGUUGCAAAUAAUGUAUGCAGGAUCAAAAAUUGCCCUGCAACGUGAAGCAGACCUUGCCAGAGCUUUUGAAAUUAGAGAACUGGAGGAUUUGACAGAGGAAUGGUUAUUGGAAAAGCUAGGGAAUUAAAUGUUUCAAGUCCAGUGUUCGAUUUUAGUUAGAAAUAUUCUUUAAGCAAUAAGGAUUUGAGUUUAUUUCAUCAUAUUUAGUAUUUGGGACUCUUCUUUGAAACGACAUUCCAAAAAACACCAAAAAGUAAUUACUGUGUUAGAAAGUCUAUAUUGUGUUAAAUUCUGAAUGUUGAAUUUUGUAUUGGGAGUUUAUACUUUUGUAACAAAAUAAACAAAGUCGCUGAUAAA